CAGGGCGAAGCUGCCGCCCCCAACUUCUGCCGGCGGGAGAUGCAAUGCAGAUGUUGGCCAUUGCUGUUUGCGGCUCUUUGCAAAGCGAGCGCCUCUCCCGGCAGCUGCCGUGGCCACUUUGCAGGCUGCAGUGACUGGUUGCAACGCGUGGCGGGGGGGGGGGGGAGACGACGUGCCCCCUGCUGCCCGGUCCUGCAAAAGAGGCGAGGGAGGGGGGUUCGCUUGCUUGACGCGAGGAAGUGCAAGGCUGCAGUUGCUUUAGGAAGUCAAUCGUUGGGGCCGGGGGACGCGUGCGCAGUGGAGACCCUGCCAGCCAGUUGUGUGUGUGUUUUUUUAACGCUUGCUCCCCCCCGUCCCCCCCCCCGCCGCUUUCCUCAAAGGGUGUCGAUUCUGGACCUUAAAAAAAGAAGCGAGGAGCAAGGCACGAAUGUGCUCCAGCCAGCGGAGAGGCUGCAGGGGCCUCGGAUGCAGAGAACGUGCCAACCGAUAAGCCGCAGGGGCCCUAGGAAGGGCAAGCAUCAGCGGGACGUGUGGCCAGCCAUUGGCCAUCAAAGACAGCCACAGUGGGCCACCGCAGCAGAACAGAACUGUCCAUGCCGACUGUUUAUGAAGCGGAGAAACAGUACCCGGAUCCAGAGUACCCGGAGAGACCACUUCCAAUGUCCCGGCAUGAGACCUCUCCCACAACUCUGCGACGGCCCAGCAACAACCAACGCUCCAACCCUUGCUGCUUUUGCUGGUGCUGCUGUUGCAGUUGCUCAUGGAAUGAAGAUCGGGAGCGGGCAUGGAGGGCGUCACGCGAAACCAAACUGGAGACCAUCCCAAACUGUGAAGCCUGCACCAAGCCAAGCACUGAGGAAGUCAAGGGCUGGUCCCAGUCGUUUGACAAGUUGAUGAAAAACCCGGCCGGCAGGAACAUAUUUCGGGAAUUCUUACGGACUGAGUACAGCGAAGAGAACAUGCUGUUUUGGUUAGCUUGUGAGGAACUCAAAAAUGAAUGUAACAAACAUGCCAUUGACGAGAAGGCGCGGGUGAUCUACGAAGAUUACAUCUCCAUCCUUUCGCCCAAAGAGGUCAGCCUGGACUCCCGGGUGCGUGAAGGCAUCAACCGCAAGAUGCAGGAGCCCUCCUCACACACCUUCGACGACGCACAGCUGCAGAUCUACACGCUUAUGCAUAGAGACUCCUAUCCCCGUUUCCUGAACUCUGCCAUAUACAAAGCGUUGAUCCAGAGCGUCUCUCGGUCGUCCUCGGAGUCCUAAACUCCUCUCACCAUCGUCGAGGGAAGCAAAAUAUGAAGCGAUGGUUCUCCUCUCAGACAGCAGGUGUCUCCUUUUUUAAAAAAAAAACCCGCAGCUCCCGCUGGGGUCUCGCGGAACCAAGAGACUUAAAAUGGCACCCCAGACGCGUCAGGUCCCUCGGUCCACCUCACUUCAGACUACAGCCUGGCUGUCCAGCCACUGGAACACUUGCUCUGGGUCUGGGUGCCCGGCCUCCUGCUGCCAGGGAGUGGGGCAACGGCACCCGCUGUCCCAUGAACCACAAACUCAGGCCUCUGCUUUUACUACUGAAUCCGUGCUGGCAAGCUGGCCCCAGCUGACCAGGCAGAAGAACAGGAGGACAGGAGAGAGCAGCCCGCUGGUGUGGGGGAAACGUGUGGGAACUUGGCACAAGGGGGAGAGGCCAACGGCCCCGUUCUCUGAAUGUUGUUCUUUCUUUGAGCUGUCUUUCCUCUUCCGUUUUCUUUAAAAAGAGCCGUUGCCAUGGUGUUCCUGUAGACGCUGAGAGAAAAUUCCACAUGGUUCAGGUGAUAACUGCAGUCAGACCAGUUUAAGAACUGGAAGGGUUGGGACGGCACAGAAGCCUUUUGCAGGUGCUUCUUGCCUGAAGAAGGGUUCUGUGCAGCUCGGAAGUUUUCUCUGUUUCCGACUUGCAUCUAUGCCAUCAGGGUCCGGGCCUCAGGGAGGGGUCUCCCACUCCUCUGAGGAGGGAAAACGGAAGAGUGCCUUGCUUCAGAGCUCUUAACAGGACCGACAGAGCCGUUCAGGGCUCCCACUGAAUGCCAAGUGUCCCAGUGGUGCUGUCCACAGCAGAAUGAACCUGGGAGUCAUCCCGGACUUUCUGAAACUCGGCCGGUUUAGCUGUGGGCCCAGGCUGCUUCCCCCACCCCACCCCACCCCGCGUUGACCACGUGCUGGCAGCACGGAGUGUGGUUGUGUGUCUGCACUAGGAAGACGGGAGACUUGUCUACAGGUGCACUCCAGGGCCUUUGAGGGUAGAGAAGCUUGGCAAGCCGCCACUCUGAGACGUCUGACCCUGGGGGUGAGGCUCCAGGAUUCAGGGUGGAUUUGGGAAAGGGAUGUGGAGCUCCUUUGCAGGUGGGAAAACUGGGCCAAAGCUUCAGCGGGGAGCAGCUCUGGAUGGAACAAGGGAAGCCCUAUCUUUCUAGCUACACGGCCACUCCCCAUGAGGCACAGUCAUGACAGUGGUGGGUCUCGCUUCUGAAUGUGCCCAACCGCCCCCAUCAGGCAGAAGAACUCCACUGCGCCGCCCCCGCCCGGUAGCACAGCAGCCGUCUCCCGAAGAGGCUUUGCUGGAGUGGGAGGGAGCAAUUCAGAGAGCCUCCUUCUCUCUCUCCCUCCCCCCCCCCCGCCCAGGUGUCCACCAGCUUAGGUAGGCUAAGCAGCUGUGAAGAGAGAAUGGGAUUGAAGAACAUAAGCACCACCCUGCUGGAUCUGGCAAACUCACACCCUGUGUUUCCCACAGUGGCCCACCAGAUGCCUUGGGAAGCCAUGCAACCAGGAGGUGGAGACAGCCCCUCUGCUGCUCCUCUGCAACUGGGAUUUGGAGGCAUCCUACCUCUGAGCAUAGGGAGGACAUGGUUGCCGUCCCACCAUUCGGAGUGCGAUGGCAUGCCUCUGGGCCCACGUUGCUCAAAAACAACCCCUCGGGGAGGGCUGCCCAAAGUAGCGCUUCUGUCCCUAUUAAGAGCUCUAGAGAAGGCAGGUUUCUCCCAUGACAUUGCCGUGAAAGGAAGCGCGAGCUGCCAGUCGAGAGACCAAAGUCUCGUCAUGGGUGGAAUAUGGCCGCCCUCUUCCUUUUCUACUGGCAGGGUUGGCCCAAGCAAAGUUCUCACCUGAAUCGUUUCUCAUUCCCUUCAAAUCCUGCAGCUGUUUUUCUGUCAUCUACCGUAAGAGAUGUGGCAUCAUCACUCUUCCUCCUCCUCCCCCCCCGCCCCCAAAUAAUGUUUAGCUCCUCUCUGUUGUUUUAUUCUGGGUGUCAGAAUUGUAGCAGAACAAUGCUCUGUCCAGGAGAAAAGGAGAAGCCCCAAAUUGCAGCCUGCUCCUCACUGCCCCUUCUUAAAGUGUGUGCGUGCGCACGCAGUGUGUGUACUGAACAUUGUUCCCUUUGAAGCUGCCUUCACCCAUCCACCUACACACACAUCCAUCUUGAAAAAUCCACUCUGUGACCAGUCAGUUACAGACUCUCUCUCUCUCUCUCUUUAAGGUAUUAUUUGCAGUUCUGUUGUUUCUGCUUGUAAUUCUUAUCACCUUGGAGUUGCAUAAGAAGCCACAGAUAUUCUCCCCCCCCCCGCUUCACGAGAUAGUGAAAUUAGAGGACAUGCAUCCACGUGGCUGGCUUCAAACAUACUUUUUUACCUGUGGAACUCUCUUCCACUAGAAGUAAUAAAAGCAAAUUGCAUAAAUGAAGAUAUUUCUUUAAAGGGCCUGACAGAUUCAGCGAAGAUGAGAACAGCAACAUGUCCCCUAAAGCAUCCUCUGUGCCUUUUGGAAUGCUGGAAUCAAAUGACGGGGAAUAAUAUAAUACUUAACAUCAGA